UUCUGUUUUUUUUUUUUUUUUUUUUUGCUCAUUUAAUUUUACUAUCAUGUUUGUGCCUCUGAAAACAACAAUGUCAAGGUUAACUGUAACUGAUCAGCAGCUCAGAAUCCUGAGCACCCUGACUGAAAUUAGGCUUCACCUUAAAAGACUUUUAUGUGUUUGGAGUGAUGACACAAAUCUGAUUUAAUUAGCUGUUUAAAUAGAAAACUGCAUGACAAUGUUAAAUGAAGCUAUUUUGCAGAAAUGAGAAGAUGUCUCUUGAUAAUAAGACAAAACAACAGAAAAGAAAGAUUUAUAAAGGUUUUUUUUUUAUCCUGGAGGUUUGCUUCCAUGGUCAGAAUAUGUAAGAAUGCGGCCAUCAAGCUUACGACUACAGAUCUACGUUUUACGGUGGCCCUGAAGUGCAAAUCACUGAACACAACUACAAAUUGAGAAGCACACAAACAAAUUAAGAAUAACACGAAAAAAAUGGAAAAACACCAAAAUAUUAAGAAUAACAUACACAUUCUGAAAGACACAAACAAAUUAAGAAAAACUCAAAUUAAGAAAAGCACAAACAAAUUAAGAAAAAUGCAUAGUAGUCCACGUGCGCAUCACGGAGGGUACUCUGUAUUGCUGUCAUAGUCCCAUUCUCUGUCCCGAGGUCUGCUCGUAAUCUCAUUGGUAUCACACCAAGACUUUUUACACAGUUUAUAUAAUUUUGAGCUAUAACAGCUGGGUUAUUGUUUGUUGCUCCCAUAGACUGUACAUACAUUAACCAAACAUGAAUAAUUUUCUUAAGUUUCAUUAAUUAUCUGGGCAUUUGAAGAUACCAGUGAUGAGCUUAAUACUCUCUUACUUUUUAUAAUUGAUUAACUAUGUAACGUACCCAAAAGCCAAGUAUUUACAUUAAAAAUUACCAGAAAUUCACUUUUAAUUUCCAUACACAAACUGCAUCACACAUCCAGGGACGCAUUACAUCUGUCUGGUCUCCACACAAGAAAAGUAAGGAUCUACGACCUUGCAGCCAAACAAGUUAGCCAUAAUAAGUGCUGGAAGACAAGGCCCAUGUGGAAGACGAGACUUUCUGCACUUUCACACUCAAUAAAGUUCAUCUUUCUUGAAUCGUAAAUGACUUUACAACUUCUUAUGUUGAUAUAAUCAAAUAUGCUGAAUGAACAAGAUGUUUAAAUCCCAAAGCGUUUGAAUAAUCUUUGCAUCAAUAUGUUAAAAUUAAUAUUUUUCCUGCAAUGAUUCAUUUCAGAUCUUAAACUACACUAGAUCAGUAUUUGUUGAUUUAACAAUUUUGUCUCAGUAUAUUCACACCUCGUAAUAAUUGUUGAAUCAAUGUUUUAACAUUCACUUCACAUACAUGGGUAAGAACAUUUUCACUUCACACUAAGAGCAGAACCAUGUGUUCCAUGAAUAGUCAGUCUGAACUAAAGUCUUGUGAUUAAGCAUUCAAAUACAAAUCAGAUUUAUAUUCCAUAUUUAUAUGGAAUAUCACGUCUUAUUGGUCAUUUACUAUAUGUAGUCAAUCCAACUACAACUAGAAACCCACAGCUAGUAUUUCAGACAAAAUCAACGUCAUCAACUACGAAGACAAUUAAAAUGUUUUAGCCUAAAAUCUUGAUUAACAUGAGCAGAUUAUACACGAUUUAAAAUGUGUUUGACUCCAUUUUCACAUGUCCUGGAAAUUUUAUCAUUAAAAUGCCAUUUUAUAAAGCAUAUCACAAAUUUACCAUAAAAAGAAUAUUUUUACACUUUUUCAACCUGCAAACUAUUCUUUAAAAAUCUUUUUAGAAGGAAUUUGCCAAACUUUUAAUUUAGCAUAAUCUACAUAUUUUACCCUGUAGGGGUUAUAAUUUUAUGAUGCCCCGUGGACUGGUGCUGCCUAUUGGAGCUGCUGUAGUGGCCUCCAUUUGGCCCCAGUGCAUUAAUUUCUACUGAGGAGGGUGCUUACCCAACUAAAAUACACAUUUUAUCAAGCUUUUUCACAAAAUUGGAAAAUUUUAACAUAAAAUCUGGUAAGUUAGAACAGUCAUUAGUAAUCCUACGUGAUCUGUUUUCAAUUGCACGCCGGUAGUUGUAACCGUACGCUGCACAAAAAAAGGGCAUAGUUGCUCACACUGCGCUGAUUUUGGAGAGUUAGGAGUUAGGAGACCCAUCCAAUAUGGCGGCUGUUACACUCUCCAGCGCCCAGAGCGGCGUUGAUAAGACGCAGUGGUCCGUCCUCGAAAUCUCUCCGCCGCGUGUUCCGUUACCAAAAGAGGUUGUAGUAAAACAAGCGCGCUUCGCUUUCAGGUGUUAUCCAACCUUUCUGUUUACGGAGCACGUGGAAAAGUUACUUAUUUAAGGCGUUUUGCUGUUUUUUGGGCAACAUACAAAACACCUGUUAGCCAUGCGUCCGCUGAAUACAGGAAGCGGAUAUUUUGGAGUGAAGGCAGCGACGUGAACGGCGCAGUGGCGUGGAUAACCAAAGUUGACAGCAGUUAGCUGAGAGAAACAGGCUGUUCCUGCUCGGUAAAACCAUGGAGGCAGUUGUAAAAUUUACUAACCAAAGUCAAGGCAGGGACCGUGUAUUCAGAACAACCCAGUAUGCCUGCUCACUCUUGAUUUAUUUACUGCGGAACAAAUCUGAAGGAAGGGACCUUGUGGCCAAACUUCAACAGUUGGAAACUAACAUGAGGGCUGGACGAAAACUGUUCAGGCUGGGAAAUGCUGUGAACUCCAUUGUGGCUGCUAAACAAACCGUGCACCUUCCUGACCGCGUGCUGCGCCUGUGCCUCACUGUGGCCAACUUCAGCCGUGCCCUCUACUUCCUCUGCGAUAACGUCGUCUGGGCCAGAGGGGUCGGCCUGGUCCGCAACAUCGAUAAAGAGCGCUGGAGCGUGAAUGCCUCUCGCUUCUACUUCUACUCGUUGGUGAUGCAUCUGACCCGAGAUGCUUAUGUCAUUUUCCUCCUGAUGGUGAAGAAAAGCAGGGACGAGCAGUUCAAACACAAAUUGAAUCAGCAUGUCAACGAGAGUUGCGACGUCGCUGAAGCCGUCAUUCCUGAGCUGGAUACUUUUGUUUUUCUGCUUUUAGAAACCUUGAAAUCACAUCCAGCUGUUGCUUUGGACACAGUGAAAAACAUAUGUGAUCUGUUCAUUCCUCUGGACAGGCUGGGUUUUUACAAAACAAACGCAGGAGUGGUUGGGUUUUGUGGGCUGAUGUCCUCUCUGAUGGGCAUCGUAACCCUCGCACAUCCUGCGUUAAGGAUCAAACCGUGAUAAGGAGGGUGGGGUGGGGUCGGGCCAAAGGUUUACAUUUGACUUGACUUGCAUGAUAAUCAGCAGAUGAAAACCCAAUGCAUCUGUUUAGAUAUUUCUAGGAUUGGGAGGACUUUGUAGAUGACUUUCAAUGAAAAAAAUCUGGAUAAUGUUUAACAAAUGAUAAUUCAUACUUUUUUCUUCACUGAUUUCAAGAUUAAUAUUUUUCCAACAAAAUUGAUAGAAUUAGAAAUUUUUUCUUUUCUUUUUUCUUUGUGGUGGUGAUCUAAAAAUCUCUGUUUUGUGACUAGACACCGCUGAAAGUCUAGUUUCUAAUCAUGUUACUUGCUUCUCAGCUGGAAUGGGUUAAGUCUUAAAUUGCACGCUCUGGACUAAUUAGCUUAACUUAGAGGGAAUUAAGAGUAAAACUAUGCACUUUUUAAAAAUUAUUCAUUGACAAAACUGUUUUGAGGAAUAUUUAUGUACAUUUUAUAUAUUUUCUUUUACAUGUAUACAUACAUCCAACACUCAGGGUGAAUUCAAAAACCUAAAUAGCCAGUGUUUGUGAUGUUAAAGUUAUCAUCUACUUAUGUGGUCCACUUCAAAAUACUUGAUUUGAUUGAAAUAUUUGUCCUCAUUUUGUGAAACUUUGUUUUCUAUUUAAAUGUGGUUUCUCAUAAAUGCUGCAACUCUGCCCUCUAGUGGACAAACACUGCCUUGUUAAAUUGAAGAGCUUUAUUUUCAAAUUCACUGAGACAAUAAUACACUUUGUUUUUGAAAACUUUUCUUCAGAGGAUGAUGCAAUAAACCAUCCACUGUCAGAA